CCCCCAGGUUCCAUUUUGAGGCCUCUUAACUAAACGUGGGGGGAAGGGCAGCAGAGGCCUGUCUCUCGCACACACAAGCACAUGCUUGAGAAAGCAAAGUAAGGCCAGGAAAACAGACUGCACUGAGAAAGAAUCAAGCUUAAAUCAUAAACCUGAAUGAAAGGUACAUAAUCUGUUCUUUAAAUGGCCUCUGAGGACCUCUGCUUCAGUUACACAGUGCCGGGCUCGAACGAGAAGCACAGGAGGGCUCGUAACUGGACGGAUUCCGAGAUGAAAGCUCUUUUGUACAUUUGGGAAGAGUAUGUGACAGAGCUAAAGAAAGCUAAGCGCAAUGCUAAGAUCUACGAGACGAUGGCUAAGCAACUUUAUGAAUUAACUGGGGAACAGCGACACAGGGAAGAGAUUAAAAUGAAGAUUACCAACAUGACUUUCCAAUUCAGGCAACUGAAGUACACAGCAAAUGGAAGCAAUGCUACACCUGAUUGGCCAUACUACAAAUCUAUUGAGAGGAUCUUGUCAAAGGUACCAGACCAUGCUCAUAUGAGCCCACCGAACCUCUCGACGUCUGGCCCCUCCACCUCUCAGCUGGAGACUUCUGUACCCCAAUCAGCUCCACCAAGUGGGUUUCUACCGGAGUACACGGGUUCGUCAGAGGAGAGAGAAAUUAACGAUGAGGAAGAAGGCCUAACAGAGAACUCUGAAAGUUCUUUUGAGACCAGGUCACAGCCACAUAAGAGGCGGAGGCUUUCACAUGUGUCACUGCGCCGAAAGAAGCUGCGUGUCCUGGAUGCGAUGCUGCAGGAGCAACGCAGGAUAAGCCAUGCCGUCGAGGAGGCCUGUCAUGAAGUUCGCCGCGUUAUGCAUCAGCAGAACUUCCUGCAGGUGCAGAGCCUCCAGCUUCAGGAACGAAUGAUGAAUCUCCUGGAGAAGAUGGUUCCUGCUUCAUCUGCACCUUGUUGGCCAAACCCACUGGCCUCAAAGGGUUUAGGAGCAUCUACAAUUGAGUGACAGGACCUCAGAUACGGGAUAAGGACCUUUUUUGUCUUUGCUGAGGAAGUGUUGCUAUGAUAUCUGAGUAUAAAAGCUAUAACCAACUAGUUAGUGGUACAUUUUAGACCUGUUAAGCACUGUUAAGUCUUCUACAAUAAAUGUUAUUCAAAAAUGUUGACAGAUGUAACCUACAAAAGAAAUUUUGAAGAAAUCAAUAUUUAUCCACAUCUGAUUCUAACUAUAUGAAUCAAAAUGUAGUUUUAUUUCUGCCUCAAAAGUUAAAAGGUGAUUGUUAUGUGACACAAAAUGUGUUUUGAAAUCGGAUUCAUUUGAUUUCUAAAUUGCUGUGUUAGCUACUAAGAGACUUAGAUUCAUGGCUAAUUAUUUCGACACAUGGUUGACUGACAUCUAAAAGAUUUCAGAUUUCUGUUAUGGCAUUCUUUAAGAGGAUACAAUGUUCAAGAAAACUCCAGAAGGCUGGAAAUUCGGGUCAGACAGAUAACACUAAAUGGUUGGUGAUAAAGUAAACUGGAUUAGGCUGACAAAGAUUCAGAAUGGUAGAGGACAAUCUUAGUUUAGUUAGUACCAUUACAGUUCAAUGUUACACUGUUAUAGCAUACCACAAUUUAGCAAAAUGUAACAUGUUACAAAAUGAAAUUGUUUUGGUAGCAGUUUAUAUAUAUAUAGAAUAGACGUGUGUGUGUACUGUUCAUUAAAAUUACUAUAAAACACCCCUUUUUAAUUUCUGAAUUAAUAUUUUUGUCAGAUGUCAAAAAAUGUCUAGGUGGUACAAGUGUCCAAAGACUGUAAAAGAGAAAAAGUGUCAUUAAAAAGUUAAAUUCUUGAAAAACAACAAUAAUAAAUGUUGGCAUUAGGUAGUUCGGAAUA